AUGGCUCUCGUCAACCUCAUCACCUCCACGGCCCUGGUCACAAUUUUCAUGACCCUGGGCAUUUUUUUCUACGCGCCUCACCUUGUUGGCUUCAUACCCACACGCUACGUCCCUGCAGCCGAUGCCAGGGACGACCACAUCCAGGUCCUCGUCCUCGGUGACGUUGGAAGGAGUCCACGGAUGCAAUACCAUGCCCUCAGUGUCGUUAAAAAUGGAGGGCGAGUUGACCUAGUCGGCUACAACGAGUCACCUCUUCACCCACAACUCGUCGAUCAUGACCGGGCGACCCUCUAUCCUUUGCCCGAGCUCCCGUCAUCUGGGAGGGGUGUGCCACCUUUUAUGUCAUGGCCCAACAGGCUCCUUGCGAGCCGCUUGAACAUCAUCCAAAAACCGCCCUCCAUCCCGACCCUCCACCUGGCCCUCAUCAUCUCCGUCCUUCGAGGCAGCCACCUUCUCGUGGACUGGCACAAUUACGGGUGGUCCAUCCUGGCCACGACCCGCGGCCGCUCCAACCGCUUCGUACAGACCUACCUCGAAUACGAGUCCUUCUUCGGCCGCAUCACGCCAACGGCCAACCUCACCGUCACCGACGCCAUGGCCCGCCAGCUCCGCAAACCUCCUUACAGCUUCGAGAAGCCCAUAUUCACUCUACACGACCGCCCCGCCGACAUCUUCCAGCCCAUCCUCGACGCCACAACCCGUAGGAAGACCCUCGCCCGGGUCCUGGCCGCCGCCUCCGUCGCCGACGCCACGACCUUGGCGCCCCUGGUCGACGGCAUCCUGCGCGGCGACAUUCGCCUCAUCGUCAGCAGCACCUCCUGGACCCCCGACGAAGACUUCAACCUCCUCCUCUCGGCCCUCGUCGCCUAUGCCGAGGGCGACCGCGCCGAGACGCGGCCCCUGCUCGCCAUCAUCACGGGCAAAGGCCCGCAAAAGGCCGCGUACGAGGAUAAGAUUCUGCGGCUCACGAGCGACGGGCGCCUCAGCGGCAUCCAGAUCAAGACGGCGUUCCUGACUAUCGAGGACUACGCUGCGCUUCUUGCUGUCGCCGAUCUCGGCGUCUGCCUGCACAUGUCGAGCUCGGGCGUCGACCUGCCGAUGAAGGUCGUCGACAUGUUUGGCGCCGGCCUGCCUGUCGCGGCGUAUUCUGACUAUGAGAGCUUUGGCGAGCUGAUCAAAGAGGGGGAGAACGGGUGUGGAUUCGAGACGGCCGAGGAUCUCGAGGCGGUGCUGAGACGGCUUCUCAGCGAUGAAGGCAGAGACGAGCUCGCCUUCUUGAAGAGGGGGGCUGUGGAGGAGGGCCGGUUGCGGUGGGACACGGAGUGGGAUCGAGUCGUUGGGAGGGUUGUCGGUCUGGUCGACCCUUGA